AUUAAACGGUGCGUGACAAAUUAUUUCCCGCCAGCCGUAUUCGCUUAACCUUCUACUUCUGCCCUCGUCUCAUUCUCUCUCCUCCCCCUCAACCCCACGAAUUUAAUUUAAGUUCAUCAAAUUCGUUACUUUUGUCGGCACUUUUGAAUCUUCCGAUCUCACCGUCGUUACGAGAGGAGAGAGAAAGUGAAAUGGCGGUGUCUUUAAAGGUACUGCCGUCGAUCGGAACUCGAUCUCGUGACGGCGUUACUUCGCCGGAGUUAGGGUUUCCGAAUUUUCCGGCGAGUAAUUGUUUUCGAUUUGGUUCUGAUUUUAUUCAACAAAAGAAGAAGAAAAAGAUUGGGGAGAAAUUCAAGCUAGUCAAAGCGGUGGUUAAGGUAGAUGAAACGUCAUCGUUUCAUUAUAUUUAUGGUCAAGCAGAUCCUGACUUUAUCAACGGCUUUCCUAACAGAAAUGGUACAAUACGAAAGCAGAUGUCAACAGUAGAGAAUUCUACCAACAUCUUAUGGCAUGAAUGUUCAGUCAAAAAACACGACAGAGAACAAUUACUACAACAAAAAGGCUGUGUAAUAUGGAUAACUGGUCUCAGUGGUUCAGGGAAGAGCACAUUAGCUUGUGCAUUGAGUCAUAGCUUGCACUCAAGGGGAAAAUUGACUUAUGUCCUAGAUGGUGAUAAUAUUAGGCAUGGUUUAAACAAGAAUCUUAGUUUUGGAGCAGAAGAUCGUGCAGAAAAUAUAAGAAGAGUUGGUGAGGUAGCCAAGCUCUUUGCAGAUGCUGGUGUCAUUUGCAUCGCUAGUUUGAUAUCUCCUUAUAGAAAGGACCGUGAUGCCUGCCGUGCUCUAUUACAGAAGGGAGACUUCAUUGAGGUUUUCAUGGAUGUUCCACUUCAACUUUGUGAAGCCAGGGACCCAAAGGGCCUGUACAAGUUGGCACGAGCUGGAAAAAUUAAAGGUUUCACUGGGGUAGAUGAUCCUUAUGAAAGACCACUAAAUUGUGAGAUCGUCUUGCAACAGAAGCCAGAUACUUGCACUUCUCCAUGUGAAAUGGCUGAAAUUGUAGUAUCAUAUUUGGAAGAACAUGGAUACUUGCAGGCCUAAUGUGACGUAUCGUGAUAUUCUGGUGCAAGACCUACCUGUGUACCUGUUUAUAGUCCGAAUAAACUUAUUUUCCCACAAUUUUUUGUGUUUUGAAAUGGGAAACUACUCGUUUCCUACACCUGUAAUUUUAGGCAAGUUUCAUGAGCCUCUCUUGGUCAUCGUAAUUCGAUGUAUUAGCUGAUCGUGGGGAACAUUUCUCCCGCUAGCAUGAAAUUAGAGCAGAGGUUCAAUAUUUUCUGUAGUUAAUGUCGUGCACACAUGAAUAAAGAAGUUUAUAUCUGGUCAGGUUCUAUUGAUUA